AUGAAGUUUAUUUAUGGACUUUUAGCUCUUGCAGCUUCAAUUGUAGCAACGAAUGCUCAAUAUUGUUCUAUUGGUGUUUGUGUAAAAGAAGGUGAAAAUUGUAACAUUAAUAAUUAUAAUUUUACAGAUAAUAGUGUAGUUGAUAUUACAUGUGAAUAUGGUACUUUUUGUCCAUCUAGUUCAGUAAUCUUUACCCCAGUUUGUACUAAAUUAAGUGGUUUAGGAGAAACUUGUGGCACCCCAUUCACAGAAUGUGCAGAACCAUUCGCAUGUCGUUCUGUUACAACCACCAAAGGUAAUUUACAAACUUGUGCUAUGCCAGAUUAUUUAGGUUUUGGUGAAAGUUGUAAUUCAGACUACCAAUGUGGUAAUGGUUUAACAUGUAAUGAAGAGAUUUGCUCAUUGAAACCACACGUUAUUUGUUCUAACGAUGGUCAAUGUCCAUUUGGUCAAUUCUGUAAUGGUACUAACUCAUUAAAUACUCCAGUCCAAUGUAGAACACUUUAUGCUACCGGUGCAAAAUGUACUAGAGACGGUCAAUGCCCAUACAACAACUAUUGUGGUGCCAAACAAGGUGAUAACUCUGGUGAUUUAUUCUGUCAAUCAAAUUUCAACAAAGUCCAAGGUGACACUUGUUCAGUCCACGGUUCUUCAUUUGUUCAAUUAGGUUCUGGUUUCCGUUACGAAUGUGCUGCUACUUUAGUUUGCCAAGCUGGUACCUGUCAAUCUCCACAAAACUCAAUCCCAACUGGUGAUUGUAUGGAUAUCGCCAACUCUUGUCCAUCAGCAUAUGGUUCAAGUUGCCAAUGUACUUCUACCUCACAAAUUAUAACUGGUAAAUGCACUGCUAGUCCAUUCAACUUGGCUUCAAAUUGUCAAACCUCUGUCCAAAACUUGGCCACAUGUGCUAUUGAACAUGAAUGUCCAAGCAUUGAAAAUAUCGAAUUAGGUCCAGAUUCAUGUCUCAUGAAACACUGUAGAUCUGAAAUCUGUGAUAACAAUAAUUGUAUUGUUCAAACAAACACUUGUGGUGAUGCACCAGUUUACCCAGUUUGUAACACCCCAUCAUCUUCAUCUGUUAUUUUGCCAUCAUUUGUCUUAUUAAUUGUUGCCAUUAUUGCUUUAUUAUUCUAA